GUCUUCUUCCUUCUCGCGCGGUAUCGUCCAGAAAGAGGUGUUUCGGACACACUUAUCUUUCAUUUUCCUCAUUGCGUUCGGGAUUUGUUUCGCGUGUUUUUCUUGGAUGAGCUGAAUGACACGAUUCACGGUCAUUAAAACUCGCGAUACCCCACCAUCUUCGGCGCGGAAACUGUUCCGAUAGAGAACUGGUCAGUUAGUGUUGGCCAGUUGGUGAAGGUUCGGCAAGGCCGUGGGAGCGCAAUCUUCUCCGAAGAUUAGCAUGCUGGAUAAUCUUCGGUCGUCGCGGCGUUGAAAAAUCCAAAAUUUAAGCAGAUUUCGUUCAGAGUGUUUGCACAAAAUGUCUCGGAAUAAAUAAGAAUAUAUAAUAAGUAAAUAAAUAUAAGAAUAUAGAAACGAAAAAGAAAUAGGAAGAAUUUGCUCGAAGCAUAAUAAUAUCAAGAAGACGAUACAGUGUUCGAAUAAGAAACGCGAGAGAUACCGAUAUAUAAACAGUAAUAAAAUAUAAGAAAUAUAAUAAUCUUAUCUGAAUCUGAAAUCCAUUUAAUGAAGCGGUGACUGUACAUGACCCACCGUUACCGGUUUGACAACAGCUGAGUGGCCAAGGUGCAAGAUUUGUAACGGAGUUCCACGAAAUGGCUAAGAUUUCUAUUUUGAUUGCGUUGCUGUUACUUUGUACGCUAGUACGAGGACAAGUAUCUCCAUGUCCUCAAUACUUCCAAUACAUAAUGGAUCCUGAAACAAAUGAAGUACUAGGACAAAUUGAAAUCCCAUCUCCACCAAAAAAUGUUCAACUCCAUAUAAGAGUGAUUUUCAAGAUUAACACUCAAUUGCCUACGAGAUAUGUCGGUCGGCUGGAAUUGUUACGAUCGAAAGAAGAAUCCGUUCGAGAUGUUGAACAAGGUAGAUCUUUGAUGUAUCGUCUUUAUUUUCCCUUGCGCAAUCCGAUUUCGUCGGUGAUUGGAAUCUGGUUUAACGGUGAACAAUAUUGUUCUGGACCCGAUCCACCGGGAAAUUUUAUAACUACCAUUGAACUGGAGCAUACUUUGUUUCCACCAAACGUAUUACCAUUAAGCGCGAGUGGUUCGAGACCAACAUCCGCGCCAACGCCUCCGAAGAAACCCCCUCGAGAACAUUCGAGAGUCACUCUCUCUCCAGGAAUUAUCAAUAAUGUAUUUCUUUAUCCAACCAUGGCUCCACAAUCAAUCCCACAACCAGCCCCACAACUACCCCCACGACCAAUUCCACAACCAACUCGACGACCAAUCCGACCAACCCGACCACCAACUCCACGACCAAUUCCACAACCAGUUCCAACCCCUCAAUCAGCCCCACAACCAGUUUCACAAAGUCAUAAUCAAUGCGGUAUCAGCCAACACGUCGGAGGCAACGUAAAUCUUCUGAUCUCCAACGGGCAGAAGACAUUGCCAGGCCAGUGGCCGUGGUUAGUAGCACUUUUCAUCGUGAGGACUGAACACGUAUUUCAGUGUGCUGGUUCUAUUCUAACACACAAGCAUGUUAUAACAGCGGCACACUGUCUAAAGUUCAGCAGCUACACCAACGAAACUAUACCCCCCAAUGUGCUGGAAGUGGCCUUAGGGAGAUUCCACUUGCACGCGUGGCGCGAACAGGGAACUGAGAAUCGGCAGGUCGCGAGCUACAUAAUUCAUCCCGAUUACGCGCACUCGAACACCGGCGACUCCGAUCUGGCGAUUCUAAUCCUUAGGACACCCGUCGAGUACAGCUCUUUUAUCAAACCUGUCUGUAUGUGGUCCGGUCCGACCAGACUUCAGAGCGUCGUCAACAAGAUGGCAUACGUCGUAGGGUGGGGUAGAGACGAAUUCGGUCAUCGUUACACAGAGGAACCACGGAUGGCGAUGGUGCCGAUAGUGAGUCUGGAGGACUGUCUCUUGAGCGAUCCACGUUUCAUCUAUCUCAUCUCGAAUCGCACCUUUUGCGCCGGUUUACAAGACAACAGCGGUCCUUGCAACGGUGACAGCGGAAGUGGACUGGUGCUUUUUGACCCCGUCACGCGUCGUUAUCAAUUACGCGGUAUCGUUUCCCGAUCGGUUUACGAUCGCUCCGAACCGGUCUGCGACCUCACCAAGUACAUCGUCUUCGUCGACGUGGCCAGAUACUCAUCCUGGAUUCUACAACAGAUUUCGCAGACGUAACGCGCGUUUCCCGUGCGUAAAGACCAAGUGCCUACUAGUCGACAAGUUCUUUAACAUUUAACAUUUAUUCGAUAACCCGCGCGGCAUUUAGGCAAAAUAUACGAUGGUGUGAGGAUUAAACAGUUACGAGUUUUUUACCUUUGACUUUUUAUGGCGAUUCUUCUUAUCGCCAUUGCAUUUAUCACGGUAAAAUAGAAUAUGCAAGAUUGAAUAUAAAUGUAACUGUUCGUCACAGUGGUAGAUUUAUUAUACGAUUAAGAUAAAUCGUAUCAUGACAUGUAUUAUAAAUACUGCUUACCAACGUACUUAUUCAAUAUGUUUCACUAUAUACUGUAUCAUCUAACGUGCCACGCUUCAACAGUCAUUUUAUAUUGUAAAGCAUUAUAAAAGGUACAAAAAACGACAGUGUCAGUGACUUUGCUCAUGACUUUACUUUACAGUUGUAUUAAAUAUACAUUAUAAUGUUAGUUUCUUUUAACAUGUAUAAAACAAUUUUCUCUCAAAAACUAGAAAACUAUAAAAUUAAAUUAAAAAAUAAACUAUACACACAUAUCCUUUCUACAAUGUAUAUACUAUUCUAUAAGUUUUUAAAAUAUUUAGGAAUAUACAUAUUAAUAAAAAGUUGCUUUUUCUAGGAA